AUGAUGUUGACCCAGUUCGCAAUUGAAUACACGCCGAGACCGGCCAUCAAAGGACAAGCCGUAGCAGAUUUCGUCGUAGAAUGUUCAGCACGUGACAGCACCACCCCGGCGACCCCCGACGAUGCCCCGGUGGAAUGGGAAAUUGCAACAGAUGGGUCAAGCUGCAAGCAGGGCGCCGGCGCUGGUAUAGUUCUUACCAGCCCGGAGGGCUUCAAAGUUUACUACGCCCUGUCGCUUGCUUUCUCACCGACCAACAAUGAAGCGGAGUACGAGGCCUUCAUAGCUGGCCUGCGACGCGCCCGUUCUCUGGGGGCUCGGCAUGUGAGGAUCCGGACUGACUCAGCCCUAGUCGUCGGACAGGUCACCGGCGCUUUCGAAACAAAAGGGGAACGGUUAGCCCGGUACCGCGACUAUGCUUUAUCCGUUAUGGGAUCGUUUGACGCUUGUAGAGCCGAGCACAUUCCACGGGCCGAGAAUGCGGAUGCGGACAUGUUAUCCCGACUAUCGCACGAGGCUCCGGAAUAUAUAUCGAAGGUCGCCCGGGUGGAAGAGCUGCAGACUGCUUGCGUGGAUGCGCUUCCCGUGAUACCGGUCAAUACAGAAACGGAUGAUUGGAUCACCGACCUCCGUUCAUAUUUAGAGACCGGGACCUUACCAGAGAAUGAGCAGAGAGCCAGGAAAGUAAAGCUGCGAGCUCCUCGUUUCCAGAUAGUCGACAAUCGCCUUUACCGGCGGUCUUAUGGAGGGCCGCUGAUGAGAUGUCUAACCCGCUUUGAGGCCAAACUAGUGAUGGCCGAGCUGCAUUCCGGACUUUGCUCUGCCCAUCAGGGGGGCCGGGCCUUGGCAAGAAGAAUAAUGCUGAUCGGCUACUAUUGGCCAUCGAUCCAAUUAGACUGUGAGGCACUAGCAAAGUCGUGUGAACCCUGUCAACUUUACGCUCGAGUCCCAGGCAGGCCGGCCACCUUUUAUCACCCGGUCAGUUCUGCAAUACCAUUCGCCAAAUGGGGAGUAGACAUCUUGGGACCUUUCCCGCAGUUGACCGGUCGACGCCGCUUCAUAAUCGUUGCUGUGGACUACUUUUCGAAAUGGUUCAGUUGGUGA